GGCACGUGGUUGCAGAUGGCCGCUUCCAGACGCCGCGUCGGGGAGGAGAGACGCGUGGCCUACGGAGGGACAUAUCUUCCUUUUUCUUGGGUGGCCUUGUCCUAUCCCAAGCUGUCUCCCCAGUGAAGAAGAUUCCCAAAGCCUUUGUGAGUUGCCUCCUGACUGGAACUGCGCAACCAUGGCUGAAGGAGGCGCUGAUGGCAACCAGCCGCCGCGUGAACAUCCCCACAACCUCCAGGGCUUACUGCAGAUGGCGGUCACUGCAGGCAACGCAGAGCCUGCUCCGAUGGAGCCCAUGUCAGACGAGCGGAGGCAGUGGUUACAGGAGGCGAUGGUUGAGGCGUUCCGGGGGCAGAUGGAUGAGGUUGAACAAAUGAAGGAAUGUCUGCGGCUACUGGAAGCUUCAACCCCCGGAGCGGAACGUGGGGAGAGUUCAGAGGAAGCGCAUUCAGACCUCGACCGCCGAGAGGGUGCUUUUGACAUUCUGGCAGAGUUGUGUGAGAACCUGGAUAACGCCGCGGACUUCUGCAAACUGGAGGGCAUGCGGCUGCUGGCGCACCGGUACCUGGAACAUGAGGAGCAGGAGCUGCGCUGGCGAGCGGCCCACCUGGUGGGCACCUGUGCCCAGAACGUGCCCAAGGUGCAGGAGCAGGCCCUGGCGCUGGGCUGCAUGCGGAAGCUGCUGCGGCUGCUGGACCACGAUCCCAGCGAGGCCGUCCGGAUCAAGGCGCUCUUCGCCAUCUCCUGUCUGGUAAGAGCCCAGGAAGCUGGCCUGCAGCAAUUCCUACGCCUUGACGGGUUUUCAGUCCUCAUGAGGGCCAUGCAAAGCAACGUGCAGAAGCUGAAAGUAAAAUCUGCCUUCCUCCUACAGAACCUUCUUAUAAACCACCCGGAGCAGAAAGAGACACUCUGUUCUAUGGGGAUGGUCCAGCAACUGGUGGCUCUGAUCCGGACUGAACACAGCAUUUUCCAUGAGCACGUGUUGGGAGCGUUGUGCAGCCUGGUAACAGAUUUUCCUCAGGGUGUACGAGAGUGUCAGGAGCCAGACUUAGCACUCGAGGAGCUGUUAAAAGAGCGCUGCAAGCUAAUAAAGGAUCAGGACAAAUUCCAGGAGGAACAGGAUUUCUGCGAGACACUUCUGCGCCUUUGCUUCCACAAUCAACCUGAUGAAAACAACAUGGACCGGUAACUUGGCUUCCCAUACUCCCACUUGACACUGUUGAAGUUCUCUUGGAGCCAUGUCAGUUGGAGACACUUGAUGGAAACACCCAUGUUUAUCCUCGAAUCGCUGAGCUGGCAACAGGCUGGAAUAACAGAAGAUGUCUUUGAAACGAAACACAGAGCUUGUUAGCCUAAUGAUCAGCAGGAAGACACUUUCAUAAGCCAUCACUGUGUAACUUCCUCUCUGCCAUCCUGCAGGAGCGUUUUGUCUGCAGCCCUCCUCCACGCAAAAUUUACCUUCAAGUAGCCAACCAGACAUAGUUUCAUGAUCUCCAUGUUUAACCAGGAAAUGACACCCAUUCCCAGUCACUACACUGCUUGUUUUCAGAGCUACUUGAGUGCCUUUUUGAUUUCUUUAUCCAGGUAGUAGUUGAUCUGCAAUAGGGUCUCUUUAGAUCUGUAACUGAAAUGGAAUCAGCUGCUCCAAAGACAAAUGUACUCCAAAUCGCAUCUUUGGAGAUCAUCAUUUCAAAGGGGCAGGGGCUUGGGUGGGUGUGUACAGAACCUAUAUCUUUACCCAUCACUUUAAAAAACAAGAGAAAGGUUCAGGUAGGGGAAAUAGGGGAAAGUAAUCUCUGUUGUGGGUAGCGUUGCCAACUGCAAAAGAGCAUGGAGUCCCUGCACAUCUGAUCAUUGUGUAGAAGAGCGAAUUUCAACCCAGAGUAGCUUGUCACGCAAGAUACACUUGCUGAAAUUCCCUCUUCUACACAACUAUUAGAGGUGCAGGUGUCCUCUUCUGCUGCUGGCCCCCUGGUUGGGGUGGUGAUUGCAUUCCACCACCACCCCUUUUUUUUUAAAAAAAAUUGGCUUAUAACUAGGUGUAUUCCAAUGGCUUGUAUCUCCCAUCUCUCUGCUUUGCUGCUGUUAUGUUCUCUGCAUAAGUUUUUUUUAAAAAAUAACAAGUUCUGUUUUGGGUGAUAAGUCUGGCACAUUUUUUUAUUUUUCCUACCAGCAGAUUCUUUUAAAACUCCUAUUAUCUCUCUCUUAGUUCUCACAAGCAAACAAAAAGGUGGCAGAGGAGAUCUUGCGAAGUAGGGGUCAGCAACUGGAAGCGUCCCCCCACCCCAGCCAAAACCGGCCUUCUGACUAUCAUCAGAUCCCCUUAUUUGUUUGUUAAAUUUAUUUCCUGCCUUUCUGACAAAAUGACACUCAGGGCAGCUAACAAUAAUCAAAUACAGAUUCAGAUCAACUAAACA